AUGAUGAUGACGUGCCGUCUGCUGUGCGCCCUGCUGGUGCUCGCUCUGUGCUGCUGCCCGUUUAUCUGCACGAAUGCGGUUGUUGCAGAAACAGGUGACCCCAAUGAAUCGCUCACACAAUCACAGGUGCAAAGUACGGGCGACAGUUCUUCAGAUUUAACUCUUGACACAAUCACGAAACCGAAUAGUGCCGGUGCGUCACAUAAGCCAGUUUCGGCCGUUGCGGAAGGGGGAUCAGGCGGGUUGUCCAACACACAGGAUGAAACAAAUGCGUCUGGUCUGCCUGGACCAGGUGUUGGUGACACCGAUUCGCCAGGUUUAACGGGUAACUCCGAUAGUUUGGUGGUAAACAAUUCAGAGCAUGGUAAGGAAAAGUCCAAAACUAAUGAGGUUACGGAAGAGGCACCAAAUAAAACGACCACCACUACUAAGACAAAGGCACCAACAACCACGACGACGACCACAACACAGCCACCAACCACGACGACCACCACCGCACCAGAGGCACCAGGUAAUACGGCCAGGAAUGCAGAGGCGCCAACCACGACGACCACCCGCGCACCGUCACGUCUUCGCGAAAUCGACGGCAGCCUCAGCAGCUCUGCGUGGGUGUGUGCCCCGCUGGUGCUCGCCGUAUCCGCGCUGGCGUACACCGCUCUGGGCUGA